GGAGCUGUGCAAAUAAAGCUGGAAUGACUCCUUCUGCAGUGGCGCUCUCUCUUUAUCAGUUUUAACUCUCCAAUUUACUUGCCUCAGAUCUCCAAAAUAUCAGAUUCCUCUCUCCCUUCCUCUGAAAGGCUCCUAGCCAGUCGAUAUGUCGGGAUCCCAGCCUUGCCUGGCCUUCGGGCUUCUCUUGGUCAUGUUCUCCUGUCAUUCUGUGGAGAUGGCCAGCAGUUUACAGCAAAGUUUCAAGACUGAUCUCUUCAACUUUUAUCACACAUUGAUUCUCGCAGAUGGCAAAGAAACCACAGUCCAUCUCUUGAAGGAUAUACCUAAAAGGUACUAUUUUGUUUUGGAGGAAAGCAGAACUCCUGCACCUUUCACAGUGACAGUGACCCCAUGUGAUGUUCCCAUUGAGUGGAGUAUCCAGGUCCAUAAGACUUCAACAAACUACGUUGGAAAAGCAGCCCAUGGUGAUUAUGACAUGCAUAAUCAGUUUCAGAAGACCACAAAGACGAUGUCUACUAUUUUUAGCUAUAGAGGCAAUUCUGUGGAAACUUACAUGGGAACAUCUUACUAUUCUGCUGUCUAUAUGCUUGAAUUCUUAUCCAUCGAAAGAGACACCCAUAUUACUGUGUACCUAACAACUGACACAACUUCUGUACACCUGUAUCCUGAACUUCCAGUAGAUCCACGCAUAGAUGUCAUUGGCGUUGGCCACAGCACAGUAACUCUAGCGUGGAAGCACAGUCCAACAGUCCUUCAGUACAAAGAGAACAUCCAGUACUGUCUCCUGAUGAAUGAAAAGCAUAACUACAAGAGCUUGUGUGCAGCAGAAACAGCGAUAAGAUCUUCUGGGGUGAAAUCACCACAAGGACUGGUGCUCUCACUCUCUCCCUAUGCACUGGACCCUCAGCCAGUGAUGGUAUUGUCCAAUGGUGAAUUAAGUAUCAUCAGCAAAGCUAGCAGUGGGGAGGUGAGGCAGAUAUGUGUGGGCACCAAGAACAUCUACACUGUCUCCAACCUUACUCCCACUACUCAGUAUUACUUUGAUGUGUUUGUAGUCAACUUCCUCACCAACGCCAGUGCUGCCUAUACUGGAACCUUUGCCAGAACUCUUGAAGAACCAGAGUCCAAAGUUACUGAGCUGAAGGAUGGGAAAGUGAUUCAACUCAUCCUGGAUGGGAGAAAACAAAAAAUCUACCAUUUGCAAUAUCAGGCUAGCCACAAGCAGGUCCACUUUGCCUUUCAGUCUUGCAGUGGUCAAGUACGAAUUGAAAUAUCUAGGGAUGCAAAGGUGCUGAUUUCAGAGAGCUUUGCUGGCUUGAGACACUUCACACUGAAGGGAAGACUAGGAGAUCAAUACUUGGUGCACCUGGGGUCCACAGAACCUUCAAAUGCAUCUGUGAAGGUCCAGGUGUCCUCUCUCUUCCACAAACCUUUCUUCCCAGCUCUCCCAGAGAGCUUAAAAAUCAAGUCCUUUAGCAAACUGAGGACCUGUGAUUCAGUCACCAUUGCUUGGCUAGGAACACAGCAACUGAGCAAGUAUUGUGUAUACAAGAAACAAAUAGAAGAGGACCAAGUUUGGAUGGAAACAAGGAAUGCUGAUAGGUGCUCAGGACCUGAGAUAAGGCAAAGAAGUGAUAAAGUGUUAUGCAAGUACUUCCAUGAUCUCAAUAUACAGAGAGCAGUGACAACAGAAACCAUUGGGGGGCUCAAAGCAGGAACUGUUUACUUGUUUGAUGUGUAUCUCAUUGGGUCCUCUGGGAUUCCAGUCAGGUAUUACAGUAAAGUAGUAAAGACACGGAAGAAAUGUUGA